CCGGAAGUCAACGUUGAUGUUUCUGAUGGACUUGUCAAUGGAGCCUUUGGUACAGUUGUUCACAUCAGCAGAAGUCAAAAACAGCAAGAUGAGGAUGAUGUUGAUGAUGAUUUUCCAUCAGCUAUUCAUGUGGAAUUUGAUGAUCCAAAUGUGGGUAAAAUUCAGAGAUCCAAACAACGACACACAUUUUCCCGAAAUUCUACUGUAAUCGAAGUGCAAGAAGAUCAAGUCACAAAUGACGGUGGUUUAAGACGUCAAUUUCCACUUAGAUUGGCAUGGGCAUGCACGGUUCACAAAGUGCAAGGACUCACAGUAGAUAAAGCUGUCGUAUCACUUGAGAAGAUCUUUACUUCAGGACAAGCAUAUGUUGCAGUGAGUUGUGUGAGGACUCUCAAUGGACUAAUAAUUCAAAACUUCAAGGAGUCUGCCAUAUACUGUAAUGAUAAAAUUGAGUUGGCAAUGAAAUGCAUGCCAAAAUUUCCAUUGGAAAAUUACAGUUUCACCAAGACACCUGGUAUAUUUACAAUUGCUCUUCAUAAUGUACAAAGUCUUCAAGCUCAUGUUCAAGAUAUUCAAGCUCACAGACAACUUAUGAAUGCAGAUUGUAUUUGUUUAACUGAAACAUGGCUAAAAGUUGAAGAUGAAGUGCAGAUACCGGGAUUUAUCUUCAAGCAUAAUCCAAGAGCUAGAUGCUAUGACAACAGUACUCCACUUUUCACCAAUUUAAAACGACAGCGAGGAGGUGGAGUUGCACUUUACUCUUGUGAAAACCUGCUUGCUCAAGUUGUCAUUCCAGAACCUUGCAAUUUGGAAUGUCUAUACUUCUCAGUUCCACAUAUCAGUUUGAAUGCUGCUCUGCUAUACAGGCCUAAUUCAUAUCAAAUUGACAUGUUUCGACAAAAUGUUACAUGUCAUUGCUGAGCUGGAAAAACAUCCAGGAAAGAAAGCAAUUAUGGGAGACUUCAAUGAGGAUAUCUUAACAACAUCUUCAAUUGCAACAUUAAUGGAACUCCAUGGAUACAGUCAACAUGUGCAAUAUCCUACAACUGAAAAAGGCACAUUAAUAGACCAUGUCUACAUUAAAGAUGCAGAGCAUGUUACAACUGAAAUUGUCACAACAUAUUACAGUUAUCAUGAAGCAGUACUAGUUUCAGUAAGGUAAUAUAUUGAUGUUUCUGAUGCAAUUUAACUGCUUUCUUUUCUUUGUCCCUACCAUGCUACACUCACUCUGAGAUUGAGAUCCCCAAAGUCCUGUACAAGUUUGCAAAUAGAAAAGAUUUCUGUACUGAAGCCAUAACUUCCCCUAUAUACCUAUGAGAUUGUUCUCCAUGAAUUGUUUUUAUAAAGUAGCACACAACUGAUAAAAAGAUUUAUGCAACAAAUCAAUGUUUCCAAGGUCCACAAAUGCCUAUAAAUAUCCACUACUGGCAAAAAGAUUUCUGAAAUGCACUGAAGUCAUGCCUUCCUCCAUAUACCCAUAAUGAGAUUCUGUACUCCAUUUAUAAAACCGUGCACAACUGACAAAAAGAUUUGUGCAACAAAUAAAUAUUUCCAAGGUCCACAAACUCAUACAAAUGUCCACUACUGGUAAAAAGAUUUCUGAACUGAAGCCUUAACCUCCUCUAUAUACCCAUGAGAUUGUUCUCCAGGAAUUUUUAUAAAGCAGCACAAAACUGAUAAAAAGAUGUCUAAAAUGAACUGAAGUCAUAACUUCCUCAAUAUACCAAUGACAAGAUUUUCUGCUCUAUGAACUUCUAUAAAAGAGGUGCACAACUGACAAAAAGAUUUGUGCUGCAACUCUACUACUGUUAUUCUGAAGUCUACAAACUCCUAUACAAAUGUCCACUACUGACAAAAAGAUCCAUCUACUAAUGGUACACUUUCAGAUUUGUGCACUAAUAUAUUAUAUUCUGAGGUCCACAAACUUCUAAACAAAUGUCCACUACUAACAAAAAGUGAAUGUGAAUUUUCAGAUUCCUGAAAUGCACUGAAGUCAUUACUUCUCCAUAUACCAUCAUAAGAUUCUCUGCUCCAUGAACUCCUAUAAAGAAGUGUAAAACUGAUUAAAAAGCAACGUCAACUUUCAAUUCACAAAAUGUCCUAAAAGAACUCUAAACUGAUGCAGGCAGUCAACAGUCCGUGAUGUUAUUUUAAAAAUGAAUACAUAAUCUCCACAGUAACAAUGUUGAAUGGAUGGCAUGUACUAUAUUUGGCCUAUGUAUACUUGCUUAAAUAUGUGCCAGCCAAAGGAGGAUGGCCUGCCCCUGCUGAGUCUGGUUCCUCCCAAGGUUUCUUCCAUUACCACUCUGCUGAUUAUGCUCCACAACUAUGUCCAUGAUGUCUUAUUAUUUUGCCCAUGAUGUUCCACCUUACGAUCUAUGGGAGUUUUUCCUUGCCACUGUCGCCUUUUGGCUUGCUCACUGGGGUUUAAGGCACAAUUUUAUGUGUAAAGAAUGUAAUAAAAACACAUUGAUUCAACUUGGUCUCUAGUUAUAUACCAUUUACUCUAUCAAAUUCCUCUGUGUUGAAUGUAUGUAGACACUACUUGGUGUAUUAAUUGCACGUCCUACACAUUAACUUGGUGCCUUUUAUAAAAGUAGUUCAUAAAAGUGGUCCUUACAGGGUAGAACAUUUAAAUGAUUUUCAUUUCAUUUGUAGUAGGCUGUUAAAGUAAUUUUAUUUGGAAAUGCUAAAAUGAGUAAGUGAUUGUCUUUAGGACAGCAGUUAAAAUAUUGACCCACCUGAAUGGUUAUGAACUUGUAGUAUUUCUUGCAUGGAAAGUAUACUUUACACUUAGGAAUAAAAUGUAUAAUUGUGUUUGAUCAGUGAUGCUAUCCUUGGAACAAAAUUAUGUAAUUUGCCAAAGUGGCCAUGGGAAAUGGUUGAUCCUUUGACUACACGUUGGUGUUAUUUAAAGUAUUUUUUUAUUUCUAACAUGGCAUAUACAAAAGCCAGAGCAACUAACAAAAUGGGUUUACUUUGAAGACCACCAACAUCUAACCAUACCCUUUUGCUCUCUAUUUUACACACAAUGCCAAAAAGAGAUAUGAAGAUAAGACUUAUCACACUAAGAUGGAGUAUUUAACUACAGGAACUUAACCAAUUUAUGUCAAGUCUGACUUUUAAUAAUUCUGUUUGCAAUGUAAGCAAAAACUGUUUAAAAAAUGACCAGAAGCUAAGAUGAAAAUAGAAAUAAGACUAGUACAAUACUUACUGGGAUAAUAAAGGAAUUGAAAUGACACGGUACAAACAAUUUUAAUAAGCCCCACAUGGGACUCAAACCCACAGUCUAUGGAUCUGGUUACUGACACUCAAGUCAUUGCGACACUGGGUAGACGCUUACACGUGCCUGUCAAGCUACAGUAGACUAUGUAAGAAUGAACUCAAAGCUUUUAUUAAAAAACAAACAAAAAAAAACCGCAUGUUAUACUUAACUUUAAUUUAGAUCAUUAUGUAGUUCAACGUGCUGUAGCUGCAGAGCAAAAUAAGCAGAAAUUGAAAUAACAUGGAAAACAGCUAGUUCAGAAUUACAGGUGAGAAUAAACUCAAUGUAGAGAAGUUUAAAUGAAAAUGAACAGUGUGAAUGUAAACAGCACAGCAAACAGAGCAGCACUGCAAGCAGAGCAGCACUGCAAACAAAACAGCACAGAAAGCUGAGCAACACAGCAAGCAGAGCAACACUGCAAACAGAAGCACACCAAGCAGAGCAGAAUAUCAAACAGAGCAGCACUGCAAACAGCAUUUCAAGCACUCAAAUGUCUUGAGUUUCAGAAAUUGAAUGUACACGAAAGACAGCUGGUUCAAAAGUAGAGGUAAGAGUGAGCUCAAAAUGACCAGAAGCUGAGAUGAAAAUGAACACAGAAUUAACAAAAAUAGAUUUAUCUCUAAUUAAAAGAAGAAAGACUACUAAAAUACUUAUUGGGAUAAUAAAGGAAUUGAAAUGACAACAUUACAAACAAUUUUAUAAAGUUGCCCCAGACGGGACUCGAACCCACAGUCUCUUUGUCAUGUGUCUGUCACUCAACACUUUGCGCCACUGGACAGCAGUGUCACGCAGUUGUUGGAGUUCAGUAGUUCAUGAGAAUGAACUCACAAUGAAGAAUUUUUAUAAAAAUGCACCAUAUGUUACAUUUAUAAAUUUUAGUUUAGAUCAUUCUCAGAAACAUUCAAUAUCAGGAACAGAAGCAAUUUGUACAAAAUAACCAAUUAGCAUGCUAAGCUAAUUAGCAUAAGACAACAAACACAAGCAAGGUCAAAUUCAGAGAGGAAUAUCUCAGGAACGGUAGGGAACAUCAAAAAUCCGUUCAGUCAUUACUGUGCAGCUCGGUCCAAAGAUCACCUGAGCUGAUUUUGGACAAAAUUUAACAAAAUUUGUAGGAGGAGUAGCGAAAAAACUGUUUU